AUUAUACUGACUUAGAGGUAGUAGAUUCUAAUAGUGUUGAUAUGAACACAGAAAAAAGUGAACGAGUAAAAAUAAAGGAAAAUGAUAGUGGCAAAUAUAAAUUUCAAAUAAUAGCAGAACCUUCACAAAUAACGUUAGUAGAGGUAUUUAGUAAAUCAGCAAAAUAUUUGCUUAAUCAUUCUAAACAAAAAAAGCUUAACAACAAUCUCGCUGCUUUUAUAACUGAAGAGCUUCAACCAUUUUCUGAUCUUGAUCCUCAGGCCAAUAUAUUAAACAAUGAUCAAUUAAAAGAAAUUUUGAUUAAUGCGGAAGAUAGAGUUUUGCAAAAAGAAGAAAAAUGUUUUACUAUUCUAGAAGCACAUAUAGAAUAUCAUGAAUUGGUUUCUGAUAAUUAUGAGUUUAAUGAAAAUCAAAUGAAUUCUUUAAUAUCUGAUAAUAUUGAAGAGGAUAUUUUUUCUAUUUUAGAAGCUAGCUCUCAAUCAAGUCAAAAAAAUAAUAAUGAUAAAUUUGACUUAUACCUAUUACUAUCAAAAGCUCCAAGCAAAACUAAU